UUCGGCCACACAUUGCCUCUAUAAACCACAGGCUCUGCAUUCCCGGCAAGAGCGAGGGAGUGACGGUACUUGUGAGGCGGACUAAGCUGCCAGGCCCCAGGAGCGCAGCACCGGAGAGAAGAGGGUAAAGGAAAGGAGAAAAGAGAGCUGAGAAAAGAAGAGGAGAAAAGGGCAGAGAGGAAAGAGGAAAAAAAAAAGGAGCGGGGAAAAAAGUAUAGAAAAGAAUAGGGAGAGGAGCAGAGCGCAGGGGAGCGCAGCGCGCCCCAGCUUCCCGCCCUAGAACUCUGGGGACCCAAGCCCGAGCCGGAGCGCAGACAGCAGUGGCAGCCUAGGUAUCUGCGGCGGCGGCGGCGUCGAAAGCGCACUGCCAGAAACAUGGAGUCUGGCGGCAAGCAGGUUACGGCCUGCCUCAUGCUGGCUGUGGGCAGCGCCGUACUGGGUUCCCUACAGUUUGGCUACAACACUGGAGUCAUCAACGCCCCCCAGAAGGUGAUAGAGGAAUUUUACAAUAGGACCUGGCUGUCUCGAUAUGAUGAACCCAUCCCGACCACUACCCUGACCACUUUGUGGUCCCUCUCCGUGGCCAUCUUCUCUGUGGGUGGUAUGAUCGGCUCCUUCUCUGUGGGUCUCUUUGUCAACCGUUUUGGCCGGCGCAACUCCAUGCUCAUGAUGAACAGUCUUGCCUUUCUUGCUUCUGUGCUCAUGGGCUUCUCCAAAAUGGCCCAGUCCUUUGAGAUGCUCAUCUUGGGGCGCUUCAUUAUUGGCUUGUACUGUGGCCUUACCACAGGCUUUGUGCCCAUGUAUGUCGGGGAGGUGUCCCCCACAGCCCUACGUGGAGCUUUGGGCACCCUUCACCAGCUAGGCAUCGUCAUCGGCAUCCUCAUUGCCCAGGUAUUUGGCCUGGACUCCAUCAUGGGUAAUGAAGAACUGUGGCCCCUUCUCUUGGGGUUCAUCUUCAUCCCAUCCGUGAUCCAGUGUGCCCUGCUGCCCUUCUGUCCUGAGAGCCCCCGCUUCCUGCUCAUCAACCGCAAUGAAGAGAAUAAGGCCAAGAGUGUACUGAAGAAACUUCGAGGAACCACCGAUGUGAGUAGUGACCUUCAGGAGAUGAAGGAGGAAAGCCGGCAGAUGAUGCGGGAGAAGAAAGUGACCAUCCUGGAGUUGUUCCGCUCACCCAUGUACCGACAGCCGGUCCUCAUUGCUGUGGUGCUCCAGCUGUCCCAGCAGCUCUCCGGGAUCAAUGCUGUCUUCUAUUACUCCACCAGCAUCUUCGAGAAGUCUGGAGUGGAACAACCAGUCUACGCCACCAUUGGUUCUGGGGUGGUCAACACUGCAUUCACUGUCGUGUCGCUAUUUGUGGUGGAGCGGGCUGGACGGCGAACUUUGCACCUCAUUGGCCUAGCGGGCAUGGCAGGAUGUGCCGUGCUCAUGACGAUCGCUCUGGCCCUCCUGGACCAGCUCCCUUGGAUGUCCUACAUAAGCAUUGUGGCUAUCUUUGGCUUUGUGGCUUUCUUUGAGAUUGGCCCUGGCCCCAUCCCCUGGUUCAUCGUUGCUGAGCUUUUCAGCCAGGGUCCUCGCCCAGCUGCCUUUGCUGUGGCUGGUUUGUCCAAUUGGUCCUCUAACUUUAUUGUUGGAAUGUGCUUCCAGUAUGUGGAGCAACUGUGUGGUCCCUACGUCUUCAUCAUUUUCACUGUGCUGCUCGUCCUCUUCUUCAUCUUCACCUACUUCAAAGUCCCUGAGACAAGAGGCCGGACCUUUGAUGAAAUUGCCUCUGGCUUCCGGCAAGGGGGAGCUAGCCAGAGUGACAAGACACCUGAUGAGUUCCACAGCCUGGGAGCCGACUCCCAAGUGUGAGAAGUGGGGCAGUGAUCAUUUGUCCCUUGGCCACGGGCUUGCCUGCUGGACCUCCUGAGCCCCAGGACUCCCCUCUCCUCCCCAUCCUUCCCUGACCCUCCCCAGUCUCACCAUCAUGGACAAGAACGGGGUUUCUCCCCAGGCCCCCCUGCCCUGGAUCUCCAAGCAGAUAGAGCCAGAGACAUUGGCCAAGGACAAGCUGGGGCUGGAGCUCUGCUUCAGAUUGUGCGCAAGAGGAAAAAGUCAGAGCUGAAUCUUUAGCAAACAUUUUUUUUAAAAAACAAUUUUUUUUAAAAAAUUAAAGUCAACCUGAGUUCCCUGCCCUAGCUGGGCCACUAUGGGACAUGCAGACCAGAGUGUCUGUGGCAGGGGGAGGGGGGGUGGAGAAGGCAUUUACAGACCAUUAUCUUUCCUCUCCACUACACUAAUCUAUAGAGCUGGAUCUACAACCAAGGAAAGACACUAACCCAGCAUGAGUUCCCCAUGCCCCUGCUGCAGCCUCCUUCUAGCCAAACCCUUUCUCCCUCAGUGUGGGAUAUACUUACUCCCUACCCCAAACCCCUAGAAGCGCUGCCCAAGGAGUGACUGGACACGCAGCCUGGGGAGCAGGGAAAUGUUGGGAGGAGAGGGACAACAGGCUUCUGAGGCUAUCAUCUUGCCACCAGCAGCCUCAAGCCCAGGAGCUGGUUGCCAAAUGGAAUCUUGGACAGAGGGUUGACAAAUAGAACCAGUUUUCCAAGAAUGAUGACAGUAAUAUGGUUGAUACUCCCUCAGAAACAUGGCUAUGUUUCUGUGCAGCCUGCUGUGUAUAGAUCAGAAGAUAUUUAUAUAUAUUAUAUAUAUUUUGUUUGUUGUUAAUAGCAGUUAAGUUAUAGCUUAUCUGAUGAACACGACAUGUAAAUACCCUGCACUUGCAGCCUCCAGCAUCUAAACAUGAAAGGUGCACUUAUAUAAAGCCUGAUUUCUACA